UUUUAGUUAAUAUCUCUGUACGCUUAACGUUUCGCACUGCUUCUAGUAAGUAGUGAAAACAAACUUGUGUGCAAGAAUUUCAGUCACGUAAAUGUUCGUAAGACGAUAACCUGCGAGCGGAAAAAAUGCUGAAUUGGUAGCACAUUGAACGUAUCGAACAUUCCUAUGAUACGCCACGGCUUGGUCGCUGUGAUAGUACCGUUUACUUUCCGUGGAGAUUUUUAAAUGUCGCAAUAUCAUGAAGUCUGGAGAGUUCUGUAAAAGACGUCGUACACCCACUUCUAGAAUCAUUUUCAUCAUUUUACUUUUCUUUUCCCUUAAUUCCGAGUAUUUAAUGUUACUUUCUUCACUAUGCUGAUGCAAUUUGAUCUAUGGAUACGUAUCUGAGUAAACUCCGUGAAAGUUCCAUGACAACCCAAAAAUUUUAUUUAUGUUUCCGGUGUCUUUGAAAUUAAUCUCAUACGUAAGGAUUUCGUAAAAUAAUGUAGUCGGGCAGGUUUGUUUACAGUUAUGAAGCCCUCUUUAUAAUCAUAAAAUAUGUUAAAUUUAAUGGAAGAUGAGAGAAACAAACAAGUUUCUGAAGAUCAGAUGUAUCAGGCAGAAGCAUCUGAGAAACCUGUAGAAAGUGUAUAUAAACCCCGUUCAUUAAUAUUUGAAAGACAGCCUACUAGGUAUGCAUGGUUUGCUCUAGACUCCUCAGAUGACCUGAAAGAAAGAGAUGGCAUAUGGAAAAAGAUGAAGAAACAUAAUAAUAUUGCACAAAAUGUAUAUAGUACUAAAAGAUCAGCAAAUAUAACAUGUACUAAACAACAAACAAGAAAGAGGAGUAUUCAGAAAACAAGUGAGACUGUCGUGAGAUACAGAAACAAACGAAUACAUUUAAAAGAAGAGAACCUAGUCACAAAAGGUAACUCUGGACAGGAAAGUAAAUGUGAAGACAAAAAUGAAAUCAUGAAAGAUGAAGUGACAUCUUAUCAAGUUGCUAAGACAAUUACAGAAGAAAGCUUGAAGUUUGAAGACACUAUGGAGCACAGGAAGAGCCCUCCUUUCGCAGAAACACAAAAUUAUUUACAGCACAAUGACAUGACAAACACUAUAACAUCAGCAGAGCAGCAUUCUGAAGCUCAUGUAUUAGAAGUAAAAUCUUCUGACAGUAGCGAUAAACCUACUGAAACCAAACAUGACAUAGCAAAGCAGGAUGCAUUGAGACUGUGUGCCAGCCCUGAGCCAGCAGAUAUGAAGAAAUAUUUUAUGACUGUAGCAGAUACAAAUUCUUUUGAGACUUGUGAAAAAAUAGGUAGACCACAAUCUCAGUUUUUAGAAACCAACAAAGAAAAGGACCAAAAUCUCAUAAGCAAUGAUCCUAAUGAAAACAGAAUAUUUGGUAGAACAUCUGAUAAUCUAAGUUCUCUUAAAACAGAGGCUGUGAAAUUUUCAUUUGGUUCAAGUACGACAGACACUCCUUACAGAGAAGCAAUUGUUUUCAGUGCAAGGGACCGGCAGAGAAAUCAAAAUGAACCAGAUGUUUUAAAACAGAACACUUUAAAAAUGAGAAAACAUGAAGAAACUACAAAUAGAAAUAGAAAUAACAUCAACAAUUGUAAUGAUACAGUGCAAGCUAAAGGGGAAAAUGUUUUGUCAGCAGAAUAUCUAUCUCAGCAAGAAAAGGAUGAUAUUCAGGUUAAACAAAAUUCUGGUAAGGAAAUUUUCUCUCAAAGUACAAAUCCAUCGAGAGAAGAUAAAUAUGGUAUUCAAAGACAAACUGAUGGAACUGUUCAACCAAUGGUCGAAAAUGAACAAACAGAGGAGUCAGAAAAUCAAAAUGUCUAUAACAAGAAAGACAUGACAAUAUCGAGCCUCAAUGAAGAACCAAAUGCAGAAAGCACUGAAACAAUAUGUAAGACAUGUCUAGCAUUACAAGCAGCAGAAAAAUUUAACUAUAAAAGUUUUUCUGUAGUGAUAGACACUUUAACAGAAAUAAAUCAGAAACCCUCAGAAGGUGAUGUAAUUUAUAAUGAAAAACAAGAAGCUGUGAAAACUGAGUCUCAGAAAGUCAAUCAUGAGUCUGUAUGUGGAAAGCCUGAGCCACACUAUUUUACUGACACUCGAUGUGAGAUAAAUGAUGUCUCAGACAUUGAAAUUUGUGUAAGUUCAGCACGUAAGUUAGGUUUAGAUACAACACAAACAGAGCAGGUAUUAACUGAUGAUCCAAUUGUUUCUAGUUCUGCUUAUAAAAAUGUAGGUGUGGAACAUACAGAAACAAGCACUAUUCCAGUCACCUCACCACCCAAGCAAGAUUUAGUUGAGCCUAAAUCUUCUGUUUCAUCAGAGAAUUCCCAAGUUGUAGAAAAUGAUUCACAAGCAUCAGUAGAAUCACUGGGAACAGACCAACAAACAAAAGUCAAAAAGCACAAAUAUGGUUGGUUUACCAAAUUAUUUGCGAGGCUACACAAACGGAAGAUGAAAAAAGUGAUUGAAUGUGAUAUAGUUUCUACACCUUCAAAAAGCUGCUCAUGAAAUAUAGUGAAAAUGAGGAUGUUCUGGUGUUGAUAGGCAUGAAAUUUUAAGAUUGCAUGUAUUCUCACGCAAAAACUGAUACUUGAAACAAAGAAAAAUUUUCAAUUCAAAAA